AUGGCUGAGGCGGCACUCGUGCAACCUCCGGCAAAAACUCCCAGACGCGAAAAUGACGCGGUUCGACUUGCUCAGCAAAUUCGGCAAGCAGCUCCUAAGACUCGGACGCCUCCGACUUCAUCGAUAUCACAGGAAUUGGUAGCUGCAGCAGAGAUCAUUCAAUGGGAGAAGGAGCACGAAGUUUUUCCUGAUGUACCAGCCCCGGUAGCAAUCCUGAGUUCGAAGCUCCACAAUUUCAAUUGCUGCCUGUGCAAGUCACUGAUGAUGUCGAGCACGAGAGAAACACCGAAGCGGUACAUCUUCAAGGAAAUCGUGCAAUAUCUGCACAAAACCUAA